AUGGCCUCCUAUUAUGCAAUAGCUCUAUUGUAUAUGCUAGCCAUUUCCGCUUCUUGGGGAAGUGCACUCGAUGACAAUGUGUUACAAACCACCCUAUACAUAAAACAGAGGUUUACCCAAGACCAAAGACCAGGAGGAACUGAUACUAUCAUCAUUAAUUGGCUCAUAAAGGAUGGGCCUGGUGCUGCUGCCAAUACCAUCGGGCAUGUGGAGGGUCUAACGACAGUGGCAAAUCCAGUAAAGCCUUUCUGGCUAACAAUAAUGGAUAUGGUGUUUGAGGAUGGAAGCCUUGCUGGAUCAUCACUUCAAGUGAUGGGGCUUCAUGGUUCUAAGAGAGAUCUUGGACAAGCUCAGUGGAGCGUUAUGGGGGGCACUGGAGAUAUUAGCAUGGCACGAGGUAUUAUCAACUACAACAUAACGGAAGAAGACAGUGCAAGUAGGACCUUCAAAAUAUGCAUAUAUGUGUACUACACUCCCAUGGAAAACAUUCUGGCUUUGGAUGUUACUGGCAAAAAACCUUGAGGGCAAUGACUAUCAUACAAACAUUCAGACUUUGCUUCUUGUGUGCGUCGAGCCGAGAUGGCAGCAAGAUUUACGUAUCGUUUGAUGGUUGAUCCUAAAAUAAAUGACCCCCCUUUGAAUUGUGAUUUGUAUACCACCCAAUUUGGGUUUCCAAAGUAUAUUGCUUGCAAUUUGUUCUAUCAUUUUAAUUCAAUUAUCCUUGUCUGAACAGUUCAUGAA